AUGGGCACCAUUCUGCUUCGCCUCACACACCGUGCCACCCUUUUCGAACUCAUCACUCUCACCCGCGAUGCUCCCCAGCUGCGCUUUGAUUUUCCUGGUGCCAUCUUACCCUCUCCGGCAGUUUUCUUGUGGGAAGAGCGAGAACUUCACGUUAUUGCCGUCUCAGUCAUAGGCUUUCUCUAUCGCUUUGUCCUCCCUCUUCAACGUGGCGCACAGCUCUGGCACCCCAGCAAGUACUGGUUUCGCCAGUACGACAUCCAGAACAUGCGGUCAGACAUGGAGGGGUUGGGCCACAUUGUGUUGUUUUGA